GUCCUUAUCGAGUGCGCACACACACGGCAUGCAGCGGAACUUCGAGGUUCCCAGCCUCCAGCUGCCCGGCCUGAGCGAGCUGCCCUUUCCCGGCCUCUCCGACUUCGCCGCUCAAAGCGCGGCGACCAGCGGUGGCCGCGCUGACGAUGCGCCUCCAUCACCGCCAGACGACCUGGCCGAGCUGGAUGGCUUUGGCACCUGCGACGUGGUGGGUCCGCUCGCCGCCGUCAACCUGGUGGCAGUGGGCCUGCUCAUGUGCCUCAUGGUGCGGCGGCCAAUCGCCCGCACGGCGGAGUUCUCCCUGCUCGUCGGUGCGCAGCUCGUUGGAGCGCUCGUGCAAGCAGACUACCUCUACAUCUGGCUGGCGAGCGGCGGCGUGACCGAGGCGUACGCCCGCGCGCACCCGAUGGAGGAGUGGUUGCGCCUGUUCUCGGGCCUCGGCGUCACUCUCUAUUUCCUGGCCAUGUCGAUCCAGCUCCUGCGCACCGUGCGAUCGCCCUUCCAGGUCGGCAGUAACGCCGCCUACCACAUCCUCGCCUGCAGCGUCGCCGCCGGCUUCGCUGCUCUCGCCGUCCAGUUUGAACUGAGCGAUGAGGCGCUGCUCGAUGUGCCGCCCGGCGACGCUGCUCGCUGGGCCCUCACGAUCGUCCGCUCUGCCUUGUACAUUCUCGCGCUCGCCACCCUGCUCUAUGCGUGGAGGCUCAUCCUCCGCGGCGUGCAGGCUGCUGACGCGGCUUACACUCAGAAGCGACGCAUCCUGACCGUUGCGCUCGCCACAAUACUCCUCAUCGAGGCCGUCUUUGGCAUCUUCCCGCCGCUGGUGCCGUUGGUGCUCAUCGAUGGCUUUCACCUCGACGGCCACUCGGCCGCGUGCACCGCCACGAUCCUCCUUGGGCUGCAAGACGCCGUGCUCGCCGCCUCGUGGCUGCUGGUGCUGCAGUACUCUGCGCACAAGCUGCGCGAGGCGGCGCAGGGCGAUCGGCGGAGCAUCUCCCUCGAGACCAAGGGCAGCUUCGAGCCUGAGGGCGCGGGGGACCUCUCCGCCGCGCUGCGGAAGCAGCUGGUCUCGCUUAUCACGGAGGGCGCAUGCCGCUCAGCAUGGGAGGUGGAGCGCGAGUCGGAGGAGGGGCUCGUGUCGAGUCUCACGCCGCCAGAGUGCACGACAGAGCAGGACAAGGUCGAGCUGGCCGAGGAGUACCGCAGCGUGUCGACCCUCUCGCGUUUUGGCACCUCCCAGGACGUGCGCGGCAGCCGGCAGACGCCGGUGCACGUCUCCACGUUCGCUCCGCGGAUCUUUCAUGAGUUGCGGCGAUUCGGCGGCGUCAGCACGCGCGAGUACACGCAUUCGCUCGGCGGUGAGGCGACGGAGCGCUUCACCGAAGGCAAGUCGGGCGCCUUCUUUUACUUUACGCACGACCGCCGGUACAUCAUCAAGACGGCGAGUAAGGAGGAGUUUGCCCCGCUGAUGCGCAUCCUGCCGCGCUACCACACGCACGCCAAGCGGCAUCCACACUCGCUCAUCAACCGCAUCGUCGGCGCACACGAGCUCUCGCUGUACGGGCAGCGGGUGCGCGUGAUGGUGGUCGAGAGCUGCUUCCAGGCCUCGCGCGAGGUGCACGAGCGGUACGAUCUUAAGGGCUCGUGGGUCGGGCGCGGUGGCAAGAUGCUGAAGAGCCGCGGCGACGUGCUCAAGGAUUUGGACGUGCGCAGCCGCUUCCUGCUCGCCGAGGAGGACGCGCGCCGCAUCUCGCGCCACUUGCGGGAGGACGCCGCCUUUCUGAAGGCCAACAAUCUGAUCGACUAUUCGUUGCUCGUCGGUGUCACGAAGACGCGCUACGAGAUCGAGGGCGCGGCGCAGAGAAGGGACACGGCGGUGGUGGGCAGCGGCCCCGGCGACGGCGUGGCCAGCGCACCCUUCCACCGGCUGGACUCUGGCGGCCUCGCCGCCGCCUACGUCGAGGGCGCGGAGCUCUACUCGAUGGGCAUCAUCGACAUCCUGCAGGACUUCAACUUGCGCAAGCGCGCAGAGUAUCUGAUCAAACGCUUCGUCUGCUGCCAGGGCAAGGGCGUGUCGGUGCACCCCGCUGGCGAGUACGGCGAUCGCUUCGUCCGCAAUGUCGUGGAGGCGCUCAUCGAGCCGGUGCGGCUAGGCGCGGAGCCGCGCGUCAUCCGAGGCUACACUCCCGCCGGCUCGCCCCUCGGGAUGUUUGACCUCAAGCAAUCGGAGCGCCGCGUUGCGCUGGGGCGCAACCGGACGCGCGCGGCGCCGGUGGUGCCGCACCCGCAGCAGCCCCAGCCGUUCGGCGCGGAGCGGUCGGGCGUCUGGGCGCCGCCGCGGACGUCGCCGAGGCUCGUGGCGGCCGAGCUGGGCCGCCAUACCGAUGGCAGCAGCGGUGGGCUUCCCACGACAGAGCCACCGCGGGCGUUCACGUUCCCGCGCGACGGAGCGCAGGAGAGAGAACACGCGAAACCAGCAUCGGGCCAGCAGCACAAGGAGAGGGGUGCAGAUUGCUCUCCAUCAGACGAGAGGCGUUGCGAGCUGAUGUGAGCCGGCGUGUCGGACGUGUAACGGAGGCCUCGUCUCCAGAGGGGUCGUAACUGUCGGCUCUUGCCUAUACUUUACGUAGAUGAAGAUAUCACGCGCG